AUGUCCAGCACCGACCACCCUAUCACUGUGCGGGUCCGCACCACUCUCUACUUCUGGCACCAGGGAACCGAAGCCGCCGGAGGCGCCAUGACCCAGUUCUGGGAGGGCGUGCUGGUGGACAAGCAGGCGGCAGCGGCGGGCCUGGCGCCCGACCUGGACGACGCGGGCCUCCAGGCCGCCCUGCUCGACUACGUCAUGCGCCACGAACGCAACACCAACCAACUCCUGUACAACGGCGAGUGGGACGGCUCCCUGUACAAGAUCCUCGAAGUCGCCGCCGCGCCACUGCACCCCGACGACGCCGACGCCAAGGGCCUCAAGGUGAGCCAGGGCGAGUGGCGGCCAGCGGUGGAGGGUACCAACGCGACGGCGCUGGCGGCCACGGAGCGGCUGCAGGCCCUGGAGUCGGUGGCCGGCUGGCGCUCGGCCUACCACGGCCGCUUCGACUUCGGCGCCAAGUCGAGCAUCACCGCCGACCUGCACGAGCCGCGCCUCCUCCCCGUCAAUCAGUCCCAGGUCUUCGCCAUAACCAUGGGCAGCGUCGUCGGCAACGCGUACUGA